UUUGAUUCCCAAGUCAUUUGGCCUAAUGUUGAGUUGUGUAUAAAGAUUGGAUCUCCACUUCUCAAAGUGCUAAGGAUGGUUGAUUCUGAUGCUACUCCUGCAAUGGGGUUUUUAUAUAAAGCAAUAGAGAGUGCAAAACAACAAAUUCAAGCUAACUUGAGAAAUGUUAAGAAAAGGUAUGAGCUUGUGUUUGCAGUCAUUGAUAAGUGAUAAGAUGGAAUGCUUAGCCAUGAUUUACAUGCUGCGGGUUACUAUUUGAACCCUCAAUUUCAUUAUAGUUCAUCUUUUAGUAAUGAUCCCAUCGUGAAGCAAGGUUUUAUAACUGUAUUGGGAGAAUGGUUGCAAAUAAGGAAGAAAGGAUAAAGAUUGAUUUGCAAUUGGAGUCAUUUAAGCAUGCCAAAGGAUUGUUUGGAUUUGAAAAUGCUAUUUUGAUGAGGAACAAGAAAACACCAGCAUUGAAUCCAAAUGUGUUUCAUAACUCCGAUGAAGAUGUAGAUGAGGUUGAAUACAAUAAGGAGUUUAGUGGUUCACCAACACACAUUCGGAGUUCAUUUCAAGGGCCUAGUAGUAAAGAUGACGAAGAUGAACAUGAAUUUGCAAAUGACAGAGAUGAUGAAGGCCAUAAUGAUGGUGAUUAUGAAUUUGCAAAUGCUCGAGUUGAUUUUCAAAGGAUGGGAGAUGAAAAUGCUCAUGCCAAUGAUGCAAGUGAUGAUUUGGGAGCUCGUCAUAUUGAUGAGUGUUCAUUUUCUACUGGAUGGAAGCCAUGGAACAAGACUAUUGAUGAACAUGAUGGUGAUGUCUUAACAUUCGAAAUAGAGGAACCAGAUGAUGCGAUCUUUCUUGUGAAAGAAAGUUCAAACCAUGAUGCGGACCGUACAUUAGCUUAUUGCUUCUGGGGAUAA